CGCAUCGUUCCUGAACGCCGGCCGAAUCCCAAGAUCACCGCCGGUGCGGCAGAUCCCGGGGCGGUCAGCCAGUGGUGCCCGCAUGUGGUGCCUGCGAGCCUGUGGCGAUAUCCAGCGGCAUAUCAGCCGCAAGACGGGGCCGAACUGUAGCGUCGAUGGAGAGCCGAGUUGAGCCAGCACACAGACCAGGAAUGGCGCUCCGUUCCCACGAUUACAAACGGGUUUUCCCACCCGCCAUCCUGGCCGUUUCACGUGUGGUAUAAAUGCUCCGACCACGGGGCAUGCACGGCGAUAACGCUCCUGCCCUGUUGACCUUAUCUCUCCCCCGCUCUGUACUCUCCUAUCAAUCCAUUUUAUCUGCACUGUACAAUGUCUACUCGCAAGCUCGCCGACGUCGUCAUCGCCUCCGCCGUGCGCACCCCUGUCGGGUGCUUCCGCGGCUCGCUCAGCAAGUUCAAUGCCUCUGAUCUCGGCUCCUUCGCCAUCCGCGGGGCACUGCAGAAGGCCAACGUCGACGCAGCCCACGUCAAGGAGGUCUACAUGGGCAACGUCCUGCAGGCCAACCAAGGCCAGGCGCCCGCCACGCAGGCGCUGAUCAAGGCCGGUCUGUCCGAGUCGACACCGGCAACGACCAUCAACAAGGUGUGCGCAUCCGGCAUGAAGGCUGUGAUGAUGGCCACGCAGAACAUCCAGCUGGGCAUGCAGCCGGCAAUGGUGGCCGGCGGGAUGGAGAGCAUGAGCAAUGUGCCGUUCUACUCGCCGCGCGCGCACGCCUACGGCAACACGCAGCUGAACGACGGCAUCAUCAAGGACGGGCUGUGGGACGUCUACAACGACUUCCACAUGGGAAACUGUGCUGAGAACACGGCUCGUCGCCACAACAUCACCCGCGAGAUGCAGGACGAGCACGCCAUCGAGUCGUACCGCCGCGCAGCAAAGGCGUGGGAGGCCGGGGUGUUCAAGGAGGAGGUCAUUCCGGUGGCCGUCAAGUCGCGCAAGGGCGAGACGCUGGUGGAGGUCGACGAGGAGUUCACCAAUGUGCGCUUCGACAAGAUCCCCGCCCUGCGCCCGGUCUUUGAGAAGAACGGGACCGUCACGGCUGCCAACGCCUCGACGCUGAACGACGGCGCCAGCGCAUUGCUGCUGAUGAGCUCGGAUCGCGCCAAGGACCUCAGCGUCAAGCCGCUGGCCCGCAUUGUGUCGUUUGCCGAUGCUGCCACCGCCCCGAUCGACUUCACCAUUGCCCCGUCGCUGGCCGUGCCCAUUGCGCUGGAGCGCGCGGGUCUGGCUGUCAAGGACAUUGCGCUGUGGGAGUUCAACGAGGCCUUCAGCGUUGUUGCUCGUGUCAACGAGAAGAUCCUCGGCCUGAACCCCGAGACCGUCAACGUUGCUGGCGGUGCCGUCGCCCUGGGCCACCCGAUUGGAUCGUCGGGCUCGCGCAUCAUCGUGACGCUGACCCACCUGCUCAAGCCGGGCCAGUUUGGCUGCGCCGCCAUCUGCAACGGCGGCGGCGGCGCCAGCGCCGUCGUCAUCCAGAGGCUCUAGGCUAGGAGCUGGAGGCAAAUAAAUUCUGAAGCUGUUGGAUUUUGUUUGUAAGAUGAGAAAGAAAAGUGGUCGAAA